AGCACAAAAAGAAAGAGAGAGAGAGAUAAGAGAUCGAGUGGAAAAGAACAAAAGAAAAAGAACUUCUCAUAAACUUUCCGACUUUCAAUGUUUCCUCUAACCGAUGCUCUCUCACUUUUCUUUCCUGGAUUGCCCGGAAAUCUCUCUCUCUCUCUCUCUCUCUCUCUCUAAUGGACGCCAUUACAACCUUCAAUUCCCCCGUCUCUCUAUCUCUUUCUCACUCUAAACUCCGCACAGUUGCGGCCAACUGUAGGUGCCUCAGUCUGCACAGUUCGCCGAGCUUUAAUGGGGUCCAAAUGAAAUGUACGAGCCACCAUAGAAACGCUUUUCAUGGUUCCGGAUACCUGUUUAAGAGAGUCGAAGAUUGUAAAUUGUAUUUGACACAUGGAAGAAAACAGCCCAAGAGAACCAUCGUAAGAUCUGAACUCACAGGAACUGGUAGUCCCAAUGCUGCAAAUUCAUUAACAGUAACAGAUGUUUCAUUUAGUCCAAAAGUGCGGGGUAUUUUCUUCUACACCAUUACUGGAAUUGUGGCAAUCACGUUGUUCUUGGUGAUGUUGGUGGUUCACCCCUUUGUCUAUUUGUUCGACAGGCAUCGAAGAAGUGCCCAUCAUCUCAUUGCUAAGAUUUGGGCAAGCUUAACAGUUUUUCCAUUUUGUAAGGUUGAAUUUGAAGGAUUAGAGAAUCUGCCUCCUAACAAUGUUCCUGCCAUUUAUGUUUCAAACCAUCAGAGCUUCUUGGACAUAUUCACUCUGCUAAUCCUUGGGAGAAGCUUCAAAUUUAUUAGCAAAACCAGCAUCUUUCUCAUCCCAGUUGUUGGAUGGGCCAUGUUUCUCAAAGGCGACAUACCCUUGCGUAGGAUGGAUAACAGAAGUCAGCUGGAAUGCUUAAAACGGUGCAUGGAAUUGUUGAAGAAGGGGGCUUCGGUCUUCUUUUUCCCCGAGGGAACUCGUAGCAAGGAUGGAAAAAUGGGCACUUUUAAGAAAGGAGCAUUCAGUGUUGCUGCAAAGACCAGGGUACCUGUUGUACCAAUUACUCUGAUGGGAACUGGGAAGCUUAUGCCUACUGGCAUGGAGGCCACCAUCAGUACAGGACCUGUUAAGGUCAUGGUUCAUAAGCCUAUUGAAGGAAGCAAUGCAGAUGAAUUAUGUAAUGAAGCAAGAAAUAUUAUUGCAGAAGAACUUGUUACUCAUGGAUAUGGAGUGCACUGAAUGUGUGAAAGACGUAUUUCUUCUUGUUUUAGAAAUACUUUGAGGCGGAGCUGUAUACUAAUGUGAGAAAACUCAAUUAGCUAAGUAUGACCUGGUGAUUGCUAUUCCUUAGAAUCGCAAAAGAUAUGGGAGGUUGUAGCCAAGACAUCCUCGCAACUAGAUGAAAUGGUUUGCAUUUAACAAAUGCAUCGCACAAUAGUGAAUUUGCAGCAAAGCGAAAUGACUGUGGAAGAGAACUUUGGGAUACUAAGGAAUUAUUGGGAGGAACUGGACCACUGUUAGCUGAUUAAUCCUGCUGUUGAUGACAUAUAAACAAAGGUCGUGCAAUGAAUGAUCUUUGAAUUUUUAGUAGGUCUUCAUCCUGACUUUGAACCUCAGAUAGUACAAGGGGGGGGAGGAUAAUAGAGGCUAUUGCGGGAACAAAUCUCAAGCAUCUACACUGAAUGAUCAGCUUUUUGCAGCAACUUUCUUGCAAGGGAAAGUGGGUAAGGAAGGACCAAAUUACGCUGAAGGACCAAAUUACGCUUCACUUUCUCUCAUCGAAAAUAAGAAACUUGAAUGCUUCCAUUAUUGGAAGAGUAGACAUAUUGGAGAGUGUUGUUGGGACUCCCAUCCACACUUGAGAGUGAAGCAAAUGAGUGCAAAUGCCAAUAUUAUAUGGAUUGAGGUCGAGGAAACUUCAGCUGCACAUCCCAAUGUAUCCAAUCUAAGGGAUCAGGCCAUCAAAGAUUUACAGCACUAGUUGACUGCUGUCAAGGCCUCACUUGGCUGUAAGACAAUACGAAAGCAGUUACCUGUGUAUCUACAAACCAUAGCUCCCAAUCCACUUUUUUUGCAUCCUGGAUCAUUGAUUCAGGGGCUACUAAUCAUCUAGCGUGUAAGAAAUUUUGUUUUUUGUCAUUUUCUCCUGUAUCUAGUGAAGUUAAACUUGCUGAUGGAUUCAUGAGAAUUGCUUGUGGGAGUGCAACAUAUAAACUUGCAUCAUCCUUGUUCUUAACCUCUGUAAUACUUAUGCCUUCUUUUCCUUCCAAUCUUUUCUCAGUUAGCAGCCUGCCAGAUUAACUAAACCGCAAUGUAACAU